AUGGCAUUGCCUCACGCCUCAGACCACAGCAGUGUCACUGUCAUCGGCAAGGGGGGCGACGGGGAGGAGGGGCUGAGGAAACGUGAGGCCUUCCUCCCGCAGGCUCCUGACAGCGCCUCCUCCCUCGUGUCUGCAGGCGACCUGAGCGUCUCGGCCGACCGCUUGAGCGAGAAGCGGUCUCCCAGUGACUUUGCCCUGUGGAAAGCCUCCAAGCCGGGGGAGCCGUCCUGGCCGUGCCCGUGGGGAAAGGGGCGUCCGGGGUGGCACAUCGAGUGUUCUGCCAUGGCAGGCACCCUCCUGGGAGCCUCGAUGGAUAUUCACGGAGGGGGCUUCGACCUCCGCUUCCCCCACCACGACAACGAGCUGGCGCAGUCGGAGGCCUACUUUGAAAAUGACUGUUGGGUCCGCUACUUCCUGCACACGGGCCACCUGACGAUUGCAGGCUGCAAAAUGUCAAAGUCACUCAAAAACUUCAUCACCAUCAAAGACGCCUUGAAGAAGCACUCAGCGCGGCAGCUGCGCCUGGCGUUCCUCAUGCACUCGUGGAAGGACACGCUGGACUAUUCGAGCAACACCAUGGAGUCGGCCCUGCAGUUUGAGAAGUUCCUGAACGAGUUUUUCUUAAAUGUGAAAGACGUUCUUCGCGCUCCUGUUGAUAUCACCAGCCGGUUUGAGAAGUGGGAAGAGGCGGAAGCAGCACUGAAUGAGAGCUUUUACAGCAAGAAGGCGGCGGUGCACGAAGCCCUGUGUGAUAAUGUCGACACGCGCACCGUCUUGGAAGAAAUGCGGGCUCUGGUCAGCCAGUGCAACCUGUACAUGGCCACCCGGAAGGCCGCGAGGAGGCAGCCCAACCGGGCUCUGCUGCAGAGCGUGGCGCUGUACCUCACCCGCAUGCUGAAGAUCUUUGGAGCCAUAGAAGAGGAAAGCGACCUGGGUUUCCCAGUCGGAGGACCUGGAACCGGCCUCAGCCUCGAGUCCACCGCCAUGCCGUACCUUCAGGUGCUGUCGGAGUUCAGAGAAGGGGUGCGGAAGAUCGCCCGAGAGAAGAAAGUCCCUGAGGUCCUGCAGCUCAGCGACACCCUGCGGGACGACAUCCUGCCCGAGCUCGGAGUGCGGUUGGAAGAUCAUGAAGGGCUGCCGACCGUGGUCAAGCUGGUGGACAGAGAAACGUUACUGAGAGAGAGAGAAGAAAAGAAAAGGGUUGAAGAGGAGAAGAGGAAGAAGAGAGAGGAAGCCGCCAGGAGGAAACACGAGCAGGAGGCCGCCAAGCUGGCCAAGAUGAAGAUCCCACCCAGCGAGAUGUUCCUGUCAGAAAGCGACAAAUAUUCCAAGUUUGACGAAAAUGGCCUGCCCACGCACGACACGGAGGGCAAGGAGCUGAGCAAAGGGCAGGCCAAGAAGCUGAAGAAGCUCUUCGAGGCUCAGGAGAAGCUGCACAAGGAGUAUCUACACGUGGUUCAGAACGGAGGCCCCGAGUGAACUGCUGAGCGUCCAGUCUGAGCCCUGCGUCCCGUGACAGUGCCCGUGUUCUGGUCAUGUUUACAGCGGCCCUGGUUCUAAGAAUUCUGUCCCCAGGGCCCAUGCCAUCACCGGCUCUGAGACAUCGGUAAUAAAGCCUUCCCCCCCAGUGA